CGGGGCCGCACUCCGGCCGGGCCGCGGCAGCCCCGGCGUAGCGGUGGCGGCUCCUGGCCCCGGGGUUAUGCGCAGGGGCGAUGUUCCUGCCGGCUGGCGCUAGGCUCCUCCCGCGCUCCGGACGGAGCUCCUUCCUCAGCCUCCUCCUCCUGCUGCUGCUGCUGUGCCCUGGCGGCGGGAGCGUGCCGCCCCGCCGGCCCGUGGGGCCGCCCGUGGUGCUGGUUCCGGGGGACUUAGGUAAUCAGUUGGAAGCAAAGUUAGAUAAGCCAUCGGUGGUGCACUAUCUCUGCUCUAAGAAGACAGACAGUUAUUUUACACUCUGGCUGAAUCUAGAAUUGCUUCUGCCUGUCAUCAUUGACUGCUGGAUUGAUAAUAUCAGGCUAGUAUAUAAUCGAACAAGUAAGAUUACAGAACCACCAGAUGGAGUGGAUAUCAGAGUCCCAGGAUUUGGGCAGACAUUUUCUUUGGAAUUUCUUGACCCAAGUAAAAGGAGCGUUGGAAGUUACUUUUAUAUGUUGGUGCAGAGUUUAGUGGAUUGGGGCUACAAACGUGAUGAAGAUGUAAGAGGAGCGCCUUAUGACUGGAGAAAGGCACCAAAUGAGAAUGAAGACUAUUUUGUGGCACUUCGCAAGAUGAUAGAGUUACUGUAUGAGCAAUAUGGAAGCCCUGUUGUCCUGAUUGCCCACAGUAUGGGAAAUAUGUACACCCUAUACUUCCUCAACCGCCAGCCUCAGGAUUGGAAAGACAAGUACAUCAAGGAUUAUGUGUCAUUAGGUGCUCCAUGGGGAGGAGUGGCUAAAACUCUCCGUGUGCUGGCUUCAGGUGACAACAACAGAAUCCCUGUUAUCAGCUCACUCAAGAUCAGAGACCAGCAGAGAUCAGCAGUUUCCACAAAUUGGAUGCUCCCCUACAACUACACGUGGCCUCCAGACAAGGUCUUUGUAAGCACACCCACAGCUAACUACACACUCCGGGAUUACUGGAAGUUCUACAGGGACAUCAAUUUUGAGGAUGGCUGGCUGAUGAGGCAGGACACGGAGCACCUGGUGUACCACAUGACCCCGCCCGGGGUGCGCAUCCACUGCCUCUAUGGCACCGGCGUGGAAACCCCCGAUUCUUUCCAUUAUGAAAGCUUUCCUGACAAAGAACCCAAGAUUUUCUACAGUGAUGGGGAUGGGACAGUGAAUUUACAGAGUGCCUUGCAAUGUAGAAAGUGGGUGGACAUGCAAAAACAAGAAGUGGUUAUGUUUGAGCUUUCAGGAAAUGAGCACAUUGAAAUGCUGUCCAAUGAUACUACUAUCUCCUAUGUGAAAAAGCUGCUCUUUGAUUUGUGAUAACCUUGUGUUGAUAGUUAUUUUCCUCACCUGUGAUGCCUUCCCUUAAAUAUGGGGAAAUGCCUUUUAAUCCCUUGAUAUUUAGAUAUUUGAAUUAUUUAUUUUGCUUUUUUAAAAGGUUGUGUUCAAGUUGCUUGGUGUUCUAAAUGAUUGUUUGUCUUUGAUUUGUGUUUAUGAUGCUUCAUGGUAUUUUCACAUUCUGCAAAUUUUGUCAAAUAUGCAUUUUGGUGCCUCUGGUGUGGUGUCCAGUGGUCAUAUAGACUUUCAUUUGGAGACUGUGCAGCCCCUUGCACAUACCACAUGGAGUCAUAGACCCCAGAGUUCCUUUGUAUGGUCUUUGCAGGUUUGGAGUGGAAGACUAAGAAGGAUGGCAAUUUAGGAUGUCCAAGGGAAUGGUAUUAACAAUUUGGCAAACACAGUAAGCUUUUUAAAGGAUCUUGCAUAUUCUGAUCCACAGUGCCCAGUGGAUUAGUUUGUAAAUGUGCAUAUCUACUAGGUAAAAUAGGGAAGAGGUCUGCCUGGAACUGUGCUACCAUUGUCGUAAUCCAGACUUCUAUAUAUUACAGCCUGGGAGGAGAAAAGAUAGGUGUGUGAAUUACUUGAAGCUUCUUUAUUAGGAGCCCUACUGGGUUAUUUUAGAAAGAAGGAAUUGUUUGCUCAUCAAUUUCUAGAAUCCCUGAUUGCAUGCGAUCUGGGGUCUGAGGAAUUCCCAGCCUGUGCUUUAUUUCUCAAUGAGGGAAUGAAACUAAACUGUGGUUGGUGCUUGUAAUAACUGUAGCAGUGUGGAGUAGCAUAUAAAUCAAAACUAAUUGAAUACUGACAAACAAUCUAUAAGGUAGGGAAUUGCAUUUCUGGGUGGAAAACCACCUCCUGUAGUGGAAAUAACGGAUGGUGGGCAGUAUUUAAAGAAAAGUGAACUUCUGAAAUGGAGUGGGGAAUGGAAGCCAGCAUAAUGUUGUAUGGAGUAUAAACCUUGUUCUCAGUUGAAUACUUUGGCUCUGAUCCAGUCACCUGACUAAGCCAUGAUUAGAUCACCAUGGCAUUACACUGCAAAGAAAUUUUUGCUUUAGGACUAAAAGUAAUUUCCCAUAGAUUAAAAGUUUCAUUUUUGCUGUUUCAAGAAGUUGGGACAUGUGGUUCCUUAAGUGUUCCUAUAAAUUGCUGAACACGCAAUUCUGUAAUUUCCUACAGUGUUGUUCUACUGUAUGUUAAAAUAGUAAUUUCACCUCUGACCUCCACAGAAGUUCUGGCCUAAAGGCCAUCAUAUUUACCACCAUGAUUACAGAAGUCCUGUUGGAGAAAUAGUUAUACUCAAAAAUUCUCUCUUGCUUGCUUUAAACCAGUCACCCAGUCAGACUGCACUUAGUUUUCUAAAAACACAGCUUUAAAUGCUUUCAAAAAUGCUAGGUUGUCCAAGAAAAAUAUUUCAGGAGUUUCAGAAACUCAUCAAACUAUUAAGGAUUCAUUACUUAAGAAGCUGAAUUUGUCCAAAGGCUUAACUAUUUUGGUAGCAUGCCUAAAAUGUUUUUCUGCCAUUGGACAUAUCAAUAAGAUAUAUGAACUGAUGGGCUUGAACUUUUGCUGUUAUAGAAUUGAACCAGGAGGUAGUUUUAAGGCUUUAGGUUUAAUUCAGAAAUCUCUUGUUAAAUCAAAACAAUUUGAAGUAGGGUCAUCAACAAGCAAAAUAUCUUACUAGGUUUUAACUUCCUUUAUGUAGCUUUAUUUCCCCCUCUGCAUUUUUUCCUAGUGCUUCUGUUGAGGGAAGGUAGACAUUUUCCUCAUUUUUAUAAUGGAUCAUUAGUCUUGUCCUCACUUGCCCAGGACACUACAGUCCAGCAGCAAUGUUACCUAGACUUUUCCAGAGUUACUACUGAGUUCCCCACAGCCUUUGUAAUGUGUAAUUGUUGAAAUGAAAAAAUAAAAACAAACAAACCACAACCAAUCAGAUUAAACAACCAAUCCCCACAGAAUAAGAAACCCUACAACAUUAAGGAGAGGGGGGGAAAAAAUCCCAAACCCCCCCAAAAAAAAUUGCCACAAAGAAUUGCCCUUUAGCCAAUGAUCUGUUUGAUGCAGGGCUUGUCAGCUGGAUAAGCUUCAGGCUUGUGUUCCAAGAUUGCUUGAAGAUGAUAAAGCUCUUCCUUGGUCUAAUUCAGUUUUGGAAUAAAUGGCUAUUUGACCAAAUUACAGAAAGCAGCUAAUCACAAUCUGUAUUUCUUGCUGAAGGAGAAGGCCUGUUAAUGAGCACUGGAUUUGAGUGGAGCUGGAGGAUGUAUUGUAGGAUACCAACAUAGACAUCAAGGGCUGAAAAAUGAGAAAACAAUGUGGGUAAAUGAUUCUUAACCUAAUCUGGAGAAUGCUUGUUCUUUUUCCUCUUUUUUUUUCCUUUGGUACUUUUUGUGACCCAAAAGAAGAAAAGAGCACAACUUUUCUAUUCUUUCCUAAUUUUGGCAACCUCGUACUGUAUUCCUGAGAUUAGUUGGCUGUAUUUUUAACCUAAGGAUUUCUAAACCAGUUUUCCAUUAGUAGACAAACCCUAGAAUGUCUCCUUAAACUUGUGAUAGUUAUUGUGAUAAAAUGAAGCUGAAGGUUUUUCAAGGCUUUUGUUUGUUUGUUCUGUUGUUUGUCAGUAUAAAGCCUUGUUGUACUGUUGUAAAGAAAUGUGUGUACCUGAGUCCUGAGUAUUGUGUGAGAGCAAGCACAGCACCUCUGGUGUUCUUUGGAUAUGGUGCAUCUGCAGGCUGUAGUUUUAUGUGCAGAAAGUGUGGGGGCUUUUGGGUUUAUUUUCCCCCUACCAAAUGAUUAUCAGCCCUUUAAUUUGCAAUUUCUUGCUGUUAGGAUGCAGUUCUCAUUGAAAAGUUAACACAUUAUUCCAGUUGCAGAAAUGAAACCACUGCACUCUGCAUGUGAGGAGUGGCUGCUCUGUGCAGCAGAUCCUCUGCAGGGACAAUCCUGAGCAUUACUGUUACAGACCUACUGCAGCCACAGGCAUUGAGCUGUCUCGAUUCUUGUGGGGAGAGAGAUCUGAAAAAAAAAUCUUUAAGGAGAAUGUGGCACCUUGAUAAGAGGAUUAACUCAGGUGCUUUGCCAUGCUGCACAGCUGAAAUGUCUGAAUUCACUAAUGUAUCUUUGUUAUACCUAAAGCAUUAAUUAUGUGUCUCUUUCCAUAAUUUUCACUUAGUUUUAUUCUUCCAGGAUAUUUUCAGAAACCAAAACUAGUCUUGAGGACCAAAUGUGUUUAUUUUUGACAACAUGUAUAGAAAAUGCUGAAAGAAGCUUUCAGCUGUCAUUGUAGUCGUUCUGAAGAGGUUCAGAGUCACUAUGUGAUUCUGUAUAAAAACAGAAAGCUUCAAUAACUAGCAAUAAUUGCAAAGGAUUUGCAGACCAAAGGAAGGAAUGUUUGGUAUUAAGGUAGUUCUUGGAGCACAGUGUGUUCAAGGCCCUCUUAAAUUCAGGGAAUGUUUGGCAGUGACUUUGCUGCUCUACACUAACCAGUAUUUUGUACAGAACAUAUUCUGAGGCCUGGCAUUUUAUAUGUUCUUGUGUAUGAAUGUGUUCAAUAGAUUUUGAAUAUUUUAUUGUCAAAUUUGAUAAUAUAAUAAAGUUGAUCUAAUACAGA